AUGUCUACUGGUGGUGCCACUUCGUAUCGACCAGGGCACAUUGAACCACUUUUAUUGACAUCUAGAAACUCUUGGUAUCCUGUUUCUAGUCAAGCGACGACAACAAUAGACAGUCCCGAAGGCGACAGUUCAAGCGACGUUGACUUGAGCACGCAGCAGUCUGGCUCGAUUCUCCCGGUUCACACAAACACAAGCAAGCUUGUUGAUAUGGCAACUCACUUUGAUGAGGACAGUCCUCGUGCACGGCUCUUGUCGCCGGGCACAGUGCCUCCGAAGGAGCGAGACACACGCAGCUCGAAGUUGUCUAAGUACGCACAGGCCAUGCCUCUUUACUCUCCGCCUAUGCCUUUUUUUGAGCGCGUGAAGUUGGCUUUCCAAAAUGAUACGUACAUGAUCAUUAUGUAUACGAUUCUCUCGUUCAUUACGCGCCUUUACCGCAUCGGCAGUAAUCCGCGCGUGGUGUGGGAUGAGGCACACUUCGGCAAAUUCGCCUCGUAUUACAUUCGGCAUCUGUUCUACUUUGAUGUGCACCCACCGAUUGGAAAGAUACUUGUCGCAGUAGCAGGCUGGAUCAGUGGGUUCGAUGGCAACUUUGAAUUCGACUCUGGCGGCGAUUAUCCCGCAGAAGUGCCGUUCGUGAAGAUGCGCAUUAUCAUGGCACUGUAUGGCAUUGCCAUGGUGCCUAUUGCUUAUAUGACGGCGCAGUCGCUGAAUUGGAACUGGCGCAGCAAGCAUCUGUUCACAAUCAUGAUAUUGCUCGAUAACGGCUUGCUCACGAUUUCACGUUUCAUUCUGCUUGACUCGAUGCUUUUGGGCUUUACAGUGAGCACCGUCUUGGGUCUUGUACGUUUCCAUCGUAUGCAGAAGCAACCAUUCACGCCUAUGUGGUGGUUCUGGCUCCUGUUCACGGGUGUGUCGCUGGGUCUCGUCACUGGUGUCAAGCUGGUUGGUCUAUUCGUCACCGCACUUGUCGGUCUAUACACGGUGGAAGAUCUUUGGAAUAAGUUGGGCGAUCUCAGGAUGCCUGUGCGCGCAUACUUGCGUCACUGGUGUGCUCGCAUCCUGGCGCUUAUUAUUUUGCCUAUCUUAUUGUACAUGAUUGGGUUCAAACUGCAUUUCUUGAUUCUGUACAAGAGUGGAUCGGGCGACGCACAAAUGAGCAGUCUGUUCCAGUCGAAUCUCGAAGGUAGCGACCUGUCGAACUUCCCUCUCGAAGUAGCGUAUGGCAGCAAGCUUACGCUAAAGAACAUGGCCUACGGUGGCGGUCUUUUGCACUCGCACAUUCAGACGUAUCCAGAAGGCUCACAUGAUCACCAGGUAACUUGCUAUCACCACAAGGACGAGAAUAACCACUUCAUCAUCUCGCCGACGUACGAAGAUCCACCACUUCCUGCCGCCGACGAGAACAUCGACGAACCGCCUCGCAUGCUGAAGAGCGGAGAUGUGCUGCGUCUUGUUCACCAGCAGCUACAGACGAAUCUGCGUUCUGAAGCGAUUCCCGCCCCCAUCACGAAAGAGGCACACGAAGUCGGCUGCCGGGCGUCAGAAAAAGGGGCAGACUCGUCUGAGUAUUGGAUUGUCGAGGUUCUACGCGAUGUGCACUUGGGUCCUGGUCGUCCUGGAAUGCCAAUUCGCACAUUGUCAUCGACCCUUCGUUUGCGCCACAAAGAGCUCGGUUGCUACCUGCGCUCUGGAAGUGCUGUGCUUCCCGACUGGGGUUGGAAGCAGAUGGAAGUGACGUGCGAUCCUCGGAACAAUCCCAAGGACAUUGGCACUCACUGGAAUGUCGAGAGUCACUGGAAUGACCGUCUCCCCAAUGUUGAGACACGUCAGCGUACUCGCUCGCCGUUCCUAAAGGACUUUGUGCAUCUGAAUGUGGCUAUGAUGAUCAGUAACAACGCUCUUGUUCCUGACCAGGACAAAUUUGACCAUCUCGCGUCAGCUCCGAGUGAGUGGCCGUUCCUGUACCGUGGUAUGCGUAUGAACGGCUGGGGCGCUGACAACUACAAAUACUACCUGGUGGGCAAUCCAGUCAUUUGGUGGGGUAGCUCUUUGUCACUGAUUGUCGCAUUGCCAGUGCUGGCGUGGUACAUCAUGCGUCGCCAACGCCGGAUCCACGACAUGCCGCCAAAGGUUUGGGACGACUUUCUCUUUGGUCUCAAGGUCGGCUGGAUCGGCUGGUUCCUGCAGUACUUCCCGUUCUUAAUGAUGGGUCGAGUGACAUACUUGCACCACUACCUGCCGACGUUGUACUUUGCCGUGAUAGUGCUUGUGCAUCUGCUUGACCAUUACCUGUGGAAUGAUGCCACCGCGCGGACUUCGAUCGAUUGGCCAACACUUCUUCGAUCCGGCCGCAUUGCCAGCACCAAGCUGAAUCCUUUCGUGCAUGAUACGGCUGCUGCCGUGCCAGGCAGGCCACUUUCUCAGCACUUUAAGAAUAUGUCAUUUGCGGCUGUUACGGGCCUUGUGGUCGGCGUGUUCUUCUGGUUCUGCGGCGUGUCAUUUGGUAUGUACGGUGAUAUUAGCAAAUGGCCGUACCUCAAGUGGCGCAAGAACUGGGAUAUCUAUUAA